UAAGCCCCGCCCCGCUCCGCGUUCCUGCUUGCGAGUUACGCUGGCCGGGUCCUGGCAACUUCUGCUCGCACGCUCUACCAGCCUUCCGGUCCGGGUACCCGCCGCCGCGCUGCCAUGGCUCAACACUUCUCCCUGGCCGCCUGUGACGUGGUCGGCUUCGAUCUUGACCAUACGCUGUGCCGAUACAACCUGCCCGAGAGCGCCCGGCUCAUUUAUAACAGCUUUGCUCAGUUCUUAAUCAAGGAGAAAGGAUAUGAUGAGGAGUUGCUCACUCUGACCCCAGAGGACUGGGAUUUCUGUUGCAAGGGUUUGGCGUUGGAUCUGGAAGACGGGACCUUCAUUAAACUUGCAGCUGAUGGCACUGUGCUCAGGGCAAGCCACGGCACCAAGAUGAUGACUCCAGAGGCACUGACUGAGGCCUAUGGCAAGAAGGAGUGGAGGCACUGUGUGUCAGACAAACGCUGUACAUCAGACAAGCCCUGUGCGUCAGACAACAUUCCUUGCUGCUCAGGAAAGUGUUAUUUCUAUGAUAACUACUUUGACCUGCCAGGAGCUCUUCUGUGCGCCAGAGUGGUCGACUGUUUAACUAAGCAGAACAGAGGUCAAAAAACAUUUGAUUUUUGGAAGGAUGUAGUUGCUGGUAUACAACACAAUUUUAAAAUGUCAGCCUUUAAGGAAAAUUGUGGAUUCUUCUUUCCGGAAAUAAAAAGGAAUCUAGACAAAUAUGUGCACCGCUGUCCCGAGUCUGUAAGAAAGUGGCUUCAGCAGCUGAAGGAUGCUGGGAAAAUUACUAUGUUGAUAACUAGUUCUCACAGUGAUUACUGUAAACUCCUUGGCAGUUACAUUCUUGGGAAGGAUUUUGCAGACCUUUUUGACAUUGUGAUUACAAAUGCAUUAAAGCCUGGAUUCUUCUCACAUUUCCCAAGCCAGAGGCCUUUCCACACGCUUGAGAAUGAUGAGGAGAAGGAUGAGCUGCCAUCUCUGGAUAGACCCGGCUGGUACUCUCAAGGCAAUGCUGCCCACCUUUACGAACUUCUAAAGAAAAUGACCAGCAAGCCUGAACCCAAGGUCGUUUACUUUGGUGACAGCAUGCAUUCGGACAUUUUCCCAGCCCACCACUACACUAACUGGGAGACAGUCCUUAUUCUUGAGGAGCUGCAGGGGCAGGAAAUGGAGGAGCCUGAGGAAGCAGGGCCUCUGGAGAAAAGAGGGAAAUAUGAGGGAAAGCCUCUGAACUCCUUGUCUAAUAAAUGGGGCUCAUACUUUAUCGACUCCGUCUCAAGUCGGGGGACUGCAGAAGAGUCCUUGGUUUAUACCUGGUCCUCUAAGAGAAUCAGCACCUACAGUACCAUUGCAAUUCCGAGCAUUGAAUCUAUUGCAGAGUUACCCCUGGACUACAAAUUUACAAGAUUCUCUACAAACAAUUCAAAAACGGCUGGUUAUUAUCCCUUGGCUCAUUAUACCUUGGGUUCUCAAGACACAGACAGCAAAAUAAUCUCUACUGAAAAAUGAACCAACCGUAUGUACAGUAGACAUACUGUUUAAGAAAUGUUAAUUUUCCACAGCAAUGCAAAUGUUUUAUAAGAACAAUUUUUCAAUGAAAAUUGACCAAAUGGAUACUUGUCAGUCUGUUUUUUUAUAUAAAUCAUUUUAAUGUUUAACAAUUCUUAUUAUAUUAACAUUUUUAGUACCCUAGACUAAAAGAGAACAUGACUGAUAUUUUCUAUGCCGGUAGUUUUGAGGAUUCUCCCACGGUGAUAAACACACACAUGCCAGUGUGCAUUUUUACGUCUGCCUGGCCCAGCAUCUUCCAAAGCCUGGCCCGCCCGCAGUCUAAUAGCAGCAUAGAACCUGAAAAUGAAAAUCUGAAUGCUGCAUUCCAAACCUACUGAAUCAGAAACCUUGGCAGUGGGGCAAGCAAUGCUUUUAAGCAAGCGUCCAAUAAAUCGGAUGCUCUAUUAUGAUUUAAGCCCUGUGCUGAGUAUUCAUACUUUUAAUUGAAAGUCUAACCUGAAUUGAUAACACCAGAGUCUAGUGAAAAUAGGCUAUUGUUCCAGGCUAUUAGGCUUUUUGCUAUUUCCAUUUUUGCCCAAAAUAUAUAAAAAGACAUGAUUUCUUAAGGUAAUAUUACCUCAUUCCUUAGUAUUUCAACUUCAGCUCUGUCCUUGGGAAAGGAGCUGAAAACCUUACUCUGCAGGUGCACAAGUGCACGUCAGGCCUGCAGGUGCAUAGGUGCACGUCAGGCCUGCAGGUGCAUAGGUGCACGUCAGGCCUGCAGGUGCAUAGGUGCACGUCAGGUGCAUAGGUGCACAUCAGGUGCAUAGGUGCACGUCAGGCCUGCAGGUGCAUAGGUGCACGUCAGGCCUGCAGGUGCAUAGGUGCACUCCAGGUCAGGAUAUGCUGUGUUCUGUGUGGUUUUCAUUAGUGAACAUGUGCAUCAGAUUAUGUUUACACAAGAUGUUCAGAUUCAGUUGAUGUCUGUAAGUCCCUGGGUCCUCUUUUGCCUGUUAAUAACUUCACUGUCCAUAAUGGACAGGAUUAGAAAAUAUUAUCAUUAUUUUUUCUUGGAAUUUAGCAUAUAAACACAUGCACUGAAAAAUAAUUUUCUUAAAAUUUCCAAAUAUUCAGAUAAAUACUAACUGUUCUAUGAGGAUGUGUUUCCCAGGGUAAUUAAAAAGGAAACAGAACUUAUUUCUUUACUAUCAGUACCUUUGCUGUUGAUCAAUAAGAAUACAUAUACAGAGAUAUAUUUGAUAUUCAAAAUGUCAUUAGAAUAUUACAAUGAGCACAUGCAAUCAAGCUUAGGGCCAAAUAAAUGAUGAUAUCUAUUGUAUGCUUUAAGUAGAGAUUUCACUUUGCUUUAAAAUAAAGCUAUUUUUCCUCA